UUUCAAGUCGUACAUAAAAAUAUAUCAUUUAUAUUUUCUCGAAUAUUACUAUGGACUUUUUUUAUAAAAAAAAAAAAAGUUCUUUGAUCCUAAAUUUUUGUUGUUAAUACUUUGUUGCCAAAAUCGAAAUCCUUUGAGCAGUAAUCGGUUUUGUAUCAUCAACAAGCUACAUUACCAAUUUAUCAAUCAAAUUAUAUCUUCAAAUUUCUAAUUCAUUCAAAUUUAAACCAUCAAUUGCAAUUAAUAUUAAUACAAAUUGCAUUUAUAUUUCAUAGUAAUAUUAAUUGAAUUUAAAAAAUUCAUAGCUCCAUCGAAAUUCCAUAAUUUCGAAUCUCCAAAAUUCCCCAUAAUAUUUAAUAAUCGUAACUGACUAUCAGCUAUAUUCUCGCUGUACUAUAAAAAAAAUCAACCAAUCAAAUUAAGGCUUGGCAAUAUGAUGGCGUGUAACAUCACUUCCGUUCUAUAAUAAACUCACUCGGUAAAUAUAUAUAUAUCUAUUUCAACAUCACCGCCAUUGUUUCCAUACCCCGUGCCCAUUUUUUAACUUCUCGGUUACCAUCGAAAGAGUCUCGAUUUUCAAGUCAUCAUUUUAUCUCUUUCUCUCUCUUUCUAUUUUUUCCACCCAACCCUCCCAGUCUUCUUGAGGCGGUUCUCAUAUCACCAACCUGGUGAUUCGCGAGUGCCAGUGAGUCCGUCAUAUUUUUUUUAACUGUUGUUCGUUUUUAUCCCGUUCCAAAUACUCAUUAAUAUAUUUUACCAAUAACUUUUCUUUCUCCCUCUAUUUUGUUUUUUUUUUUUUCCUUCUUUUAUAACUCUUUUAUUUUUUUUUAUAUUAAAUUAAAUAUAAAAUUGAGACAAGUAUACAUAUAUAACUCGUUGUGUCGUCGUCGUCGUCCAGCCUAAAGAAGAGUAUAAAAAUGUCGAUGCAUUGGUGGGAUCUGUAACGAUAUAACUUGUUACUAGUGACUUUCGCCAGACUAAGUCUUUUCAGCAUAUUUCAGCUGUGAUCAUUUGUGUUGUUAUAUAUAUUAUUUAUAUAUGUAUAUGUGUGGAAAUAAUCGUCGUUUUGCGACUACAAAGAAAGUGAGAUAGACGAGUAAAGACGGCUCAAGAACGGUCAUCAAAAACGACAAGUAGUGUGGUAGACGACCUGAGGCCGCCCAACAUAUUUUGGCUUCGGUCGCGAUUGUAAUAUAUAUAUUUAUUUAUUUUUUUUUUUUUUUUGUUUUUUUAUUUUAUUAUUAUUUUCCCUACUGUGUUCUUCUAAUAACUUAGUCAUUGGAACAAAGUGAUCAAAGUCAAGUAAAAAAAAAAAAAAAUUGUGAUUUUUCAACACUAAGGAAUAUUGUUAUUAUUAUAAAAUUAAAUUUCCCAAGCAACGGAUUAACCAUCUUACCUGAGGCAGAAUAAAAAUCAUAGAACCACGUAGGCGAGGCAGUAACUGAACGGGAGAAAAAAGAGAAAAAAAAAAAAAAAAAAAAAUUGAGUGUGCGUGUUUUGUUGGUGACUGGAUUUAUUGGUUACUACUUCGAACUUUGAGGUCGUGAAAAAAAUAGACAGGAAUCAUGGCGAUGCUUGUUGGACCGCUUGGUAAAUCUGAAUUUGUCGUUGGUGGAAAGUACCGGCUUUUGAGGAAAAUUGGAUCAGGAUCAUUUGGCGACAUUUAUCUUGGCAUCAACAUUUCCAAUGGCGAGGAAGUUGCUGUUAAAUUGGAAAACAUACGAGCACGUCAUCCACAAUUGCUUUAUGAAUCAAAAUUAUACAAAAUUCUUAAUGGUGGUAUUGGUAUACCACACAUACGCUGGUAUGGACAGGAGAGAGAUUGGAAUGUACUUGUGAUGGAUUUACUUGGUCCAUCAUUGGAAGAUCUAUUCACAUUUUGUUCUCGAAGAUUUACCAUUAAAACAGUUCUAAUGUUGGCUGAUCAAAUGAUAGGAAGAAUUGAAUAUGUACAUUGCAAACAUUUUAUUCACAGAGAUAUUAAACCAGAUAAUUUUUUAAUGGGAAUUGGUCGUCAUUGUAACAAGCUUUUCAUCAUUGAUUUUGGUUUAGCUAAAAAGUUUCGAGAUAGUCGUACAAGAUCUCACAUACUUUAUCGUGAAGACAAAAAUUUAACAGGUACAGCUAGAUAUGCAUCAAUAAAUGCUCAUUUGGGAAUUGAACAAAGUCGUCGUGAUGAUAUGGAAUCACUUGGUUAUGUGUUAAUGUACUUUAAUCGUGGCUCAUUACCUUGGCAAGGUCUCAAAGCUGCAACUAAAAAACAAAAAUAUGAAAAAAUCAGUGAAAAAAAAAUGUCAACGCCUGUUGAAGUACUCUGCAAGGGUUUUCCAGCAGAAUUUGCAAUGUACAUAAAUUAUACAAAAGGUCUUCGUUUUGAUGAAAGUCCCGACUACAUGUACCUACGUCAACUCUUCCGAAUUUUGUUCCGUACCUUGAAUCAUCAAUAUGAUUACACAUUUGACUGGACGAUGUUGAAACAAAAAAUUGGUACAUCUGUAUCAGGUACUGUUCCUGGUGUUGCAGCAACAGCAUUGCCUGGAACAACUGGACAAGGUCAGCAGACAACUACUGAAGCCAACGCACAGGCUGUCAGGGCCAGAGAAUCGAUAGAUCUUAUCUAAAUAUAUUUUCACUUUCGUCUUUCUACAACAUUUUCAUUUCUACACAUAUACAUGUAUAUAUUUACGUAUAUUAACUAUUAUUUUUUUCUUCUUAUUUUGGCUUUAUCUAUCUAUUUUUUUUUGUCUUUAUAUUUCAUCUACUUCACACUCUUUGAUAACGAUAAACAAAAAAAAAACACACAUGACGGCUUCACCGGACCACCACCGUUAUAAUAUAUAUUUUCUCUCAACAAUCAUUUUUAAAUUCAUUGUUCAUUAGUAAUCAUUACAUUGAGUAGAAAAUUAUUGAUUUCAUUUACGUGAAUAAAUUUUUUUUUUUGGACAUUGAGUGGUCCAGACAAGCCGUAUGAAAUAUUUGACGAAAAACAAAUAACAACCAGUGAAAAGUUACUCCCAGUCACAGCUAGUAUAAAUAAAAUAAAUUACAUUUAAUUUAUAUAUGUAUUUAUAUUUAAAUAUAUAAAUACAUAUGAAAAAUUUUGUUAAACGGUAAAAUGUGUUUUUAAAAAAAUUAAAAUUAUCAUCAACAGCAAAUGACAUGAAAAAAAUAUCUCGACCUGUUGAAGUUACUCUCAAGAAAUGCUAAAAAUUCAAUGACAUUAUCCCUCGAGAAUUUAUAUACAAGAAAACAACAAAAUUUAUAUAUUCUGAAAUUUAUGGAAAAACAAGGAACAAUUAAAAAUAUAAAUAAUAUAUUAUCUGGCUUUAUUCGUGUGUUUUAAUCUGAUGAAAACCGCCACUACAAAUUUAUUUUCUUCUAUCAAUUUUUUUUUCUGUGUCUUGACCACUGAUCAACGGGAUUUUUCAAGGAUUAUUUAUUUUGUUUUUAUCUCUUCUUUAACAUGCUAAAUAGAAGAUAAAAAAAAUGUGUAAAUUAAGGAUUCGAAUUUCUGUUCUUGAACACCUUCGUCCACACCUGGCUAGUAAAGUACCACUCUUAAUUUUUCUUAUAUAUUUUUAAUUUGUUUUUUAAAUAUUAUUUAUGCAUAAAAAUUAUCUUUCGGUUCUAUUAUAAAUUUUCGGGGCACUGUCAGUGAUCUUACUUUUGGUCUAUUUUUAUAAUAUGUAUUUUUUAUUCUAUAAAAUUUGUAAGCAUGACUAAAGCAUGAGUGAAUUAAUUUGCGAAUUAAUUAUGGAUCUUUAGAUAAUUUCCUGGCAAUGCCCAGAAUGAUAUAUAUCAAUUUACAAAAGAAACAAACAAAAAAAUAAUAAUAAAUUUUAAAAUUUUGUAAAUACCCUCAUUGUGAUUUGGUCGUCUCUUCGAAUUUGUUACAGGAGCGCCUUAAACAUUCUAACUCCGUGUGAUAGCACCAAAUCCAAAUGCGAUCGCAGUGGUAUCAAUAUCCAAAUUGAUACAUAUACCCAGUUAACCCAAUCAACCAACCGUGCGUAAAGGGGUCACACGAAGAACAAUCAAGGAACAAUGCAUAAUUAAAGUAUAUUUAAAAAAAAAAAAACAUUUAAAAAUUAUAACAAAAUAUAAUAAUAAAAAGAAAAAAAAAUUAUUAAAACGCAAAACAAAAAAAAAAUCCAAGUAAUUAUUGCGUUUUGUUUGUUUUUUUUUUUUUUUUAUAAGAUACGGAUAUGGAUGAUAAAUAAAUUUUUUUUAAAAAAUUAAUUAAAAUCAGAAAUCAAACUACACUACAUUUUGGUACAAAAAUAAUAUAAACAAGAAAAAAAAAAACAAACUUAGAUGAUAAAUAUUCACUCGGCUACAUCAUUCAUUCAUUCGUUCAUAUAUUUUUAUUUUUUUUUUUUCUAAUCAAUUUUUUUCUUAUGCAUUAUUAACAUGCAUCUUUAAUUUUUUCUAUCCACUCAAUUAAUCGCUUGAAAACAAAUGUAGUCUUCACUUUGUUACAAAUACCUAUUAGAAAAAAAAAAAAAAUAUCCACGAUUAAUUUGUUUAUAUAUAUUUAAAAAAGAAAAAAAUAAUGAUAGUAAUAAUAAUAAAAAAGAAAAAUGGUUGAGUGAAAUUUGUGUUUUUCAAUGUAAUAUUAAAGACAAUUAUUAAAAAAAUUUACAACAAUUUAUAUAAAUGAAUGUGAAAAAUAAAAUGUCAAGUUAAAACGAGUGAUAAAAAAUAUUUAAAACAAAAAAGAGAGAAAGAAAGAAAAUAAUUAAAAAAGAAAAACAGUUCAAGUUCGCAACGUGUCAUCAAAGUUCAAUGCGGCAAGUGAUAUACGAAUAUGUGUGUGUGAAAUGUGUAAUAUGAUUAUCAUAAAAUUAUUAACGACAUUCUUUAAAUUUGGUUGUUUAUCAAUCAACAAAAAACGAGUGGAAAAAUAUAGCUUUUUUUCUUUUUAUAAAUUAAAUAAAAUAAAUUUAAAAAACACUGAUAAUUUCUGGCCAGGAUGUGUGGCGAAGACAAGACAAAGGUAGUGGCAGGUUUUUUUUUUUUUUAUCAAAAACAAUUAAA